GGCUCACGUAAACAUCACUGACGCAAUAAGCCCCACUUUUGUUUCAUCGCCCUGCCAGGCGUAGACUGGAGAGAGAUUUUUGACAGAUCCUUGUGACGAACUGCACUGAUACAGGGCUUGCCGCUUUCAGCCGAAAGUGUUGGAUAUCUCGAUCUCCCGCUGUGUGCGGGUUUUCAUUUUUUCAAAUGGAUACAUCAUUCUGAUAUUGCCGAUGACAUGUUUAGUACAUUCUGAGGAUGUAGCGACGUGCCAUUUUUUGGAUUGAUGAGGUAUAAUCGGAUUGUGGCUAGGGAUCGAGAGACUGAAAAGACAGGAUUUCUUGUGUUGUGUGGGCAGGGCCCACGAUUGGGGUCCAUGGACGGCCUGGUCUGUGUGUAGCGAGACUUGUGGCUACGGGACCGCCUACAGGAUACGCCAGUGCCACGCCAAACUCAGAUUUGUGCAGAUGGCACCGUGGACUACAGAACUCGCGAGUGCGCGAAUAAUAACAACGUGUACUACGGGAGGAGAAGGUACUCCUGGAUACCGUACAUAAACGACCAAGCGCCGUGUGAGCUGUCCUGUAAGUCUGAGGGCUUCGGAUACUACGCAAGGUUUAAGAAGACAGUGGUUGAUGGGGUCAUCUGUAAUGAGGAAAACACAGCAGUCUGUAUGCAGGGGCGGUGUGUGGAGUCCGGCUGCGACGGCGUGUUGGGCUCAGGCACAGAUGUGGACAAGUGUGGCAAGUGUGGCGGGGAUGGAUCUACCUGUCGACCUAUCUCUGCCAUCUUCACCCGCACCCACCUCACCCACCGCGGGUACAAUGUGGUGACCACCAUCCCGGCGGGGGCAUGCAGCAUCAACGUCACAGAGAUGAGGAGGAGUAAGAACCACUUAGGUUUCGGUGAUUUUGUUUAA